AGGGAUGGAAUCCGGGUAUCCUACACUUAAUGUGGAUUCUCUACCGUCUGAGCCACUGGGGAAACUCAGAAUAAAGGCUGGGUUCAAAUUCACCUCGCCCUAUUUACUAGAUAUGGGCCCGUUCUAUUCGUAGUUUCUAACUUCUUAGGGUUCUGAAAAUUAAAAGUUUAUACGUGUAAUUUCCCAGGCUCAGUAAAUACUUGAAAAAAAUGUUUCCACAAAUGAAGUGUUCACGAAAGAAAACUGAAGCCUUUUCCUGUAUAGACAAUGAGAGUCAAAUGUACAGUGAUUCUUUGGCCUCUACAUGUCGAUUUUGUUGUACCGACUAUGUAGGGGUGGUGAAAUAGCUGCGGCCUCAGAUCACACACAGAGCGCCCCAAAUCCGCCUGGACAUCAGCCACGGUCGGAAAUGUAAAGAGCUGUCCCCGCCGACCCACAACCCACGCUCCCUCCGCCUCACUCUCUCCCGAGCUGAGUUGCUGACAGACACCUCAUCUAGCCACCCAGCCUCGCCUUUUCCCAGCGCCCCGCCCCCUGAACUCGAUAGAUAGCCAAUGGUGACACAGAGUCGUAGGCUCAGUAUCCAAUCAGUGGCUGGGAGCCCGGAAAGGCAUGGUUAGAAGUGGCUGGCGCUGCCAGAAAGCGAGUGGCGCGGCGCAGCGGCAGAGCUCUGCAGGUUUUGGUAUGAACAGGAUUCGGAUUCACGUCUUGCCGACCAAUCGGGGGAGGAUCACCCCAGUGCCCAGAUCUCAGGAGCCCCUGUCUUGUUCGUUUACUCAUCGUCCAUGUUCGCAACCUCGUCUGGAGGGGCAGGAAUUUUGCAUUAAGCAUAUCCUUGAAGACAAGAAUGCGCCUUUCAAGCAGUGUAGUUACAUAUCGACGAAGAACGGAAAAAGAUGUCCCAGUGCUGCCCCAAAGCCUGAGAAGAAAGAUGGGGUAUCCUUCUGUGCUGAACAUGCUCGGAGGAAUGCCCUGGCACUUCAUGCGCAAAUGAAAAAGACUAAUCCAGGGCCUGUGGGUGAAACACUCUUGUGCCAGCUGAGCUCCUACGCUAAGACAGAGCUGGGGUCUCAGACUCCAGAAAGUAGCCGCAGUGAAGCCAGCCGAAUUCUGGAUGAAGACAGCUGGAGUGAUGGGGAGCAGGAACCCAUUACUGUGGAUCAGACAUGGAGAGGUGACCCUGACAGUGAAGCUGAUAGCAUAGACAGUGAUCAAGAAGAUCCCCUAAAACAUGCUGGUGUCUAUACAGCAGAAGAAGUGGCCCUGAUUAUGCGUGAGAAGCUUAUUCGUUUGCAAUCUUUGUACAUUGAUCAGUUUAAACGACUUCAGCAUCUGCUCAAAGAGAAGAAGCGACGUUACUUACACAAUCGCAAAGUGGAACAUGAAGCUCUAGGUAGUAGUCUCCUGACUGGCCCAGAGGGACUUUUGGCCAAAGAACGAGAAAACUUAAAGCGUCUAAAAUGUCUUCGUCGGUAUCGUCAGCGCUAUGGAGUGGAAGCCUUACUACACAGACAGCUGAAGGAGCGCAGAAUGCUGGCCACAGAUGGUGCUGCCCAACAGGCCCAUACCACUCGUUCCAGUCAGAGAUGCUUGGCCUUUGUGGAUGAUGUUCGUUGUUCCAAUCAGUCUCUUCCAAUGACCAGACACUGCCUUACCCAUAUUUGUCAGGACACGAAUCAGGUUCUCUUCAAAUGCUGCCAGGGGUCUGAAGAGGUACCCUGCAACAAACCAGUUCCUGUAAGCCUUUCUGAGGAUCCUUGCUGCCCACUGCAUUUCCAGUUGCCUCCUCAGAUGUAUAAGCCCGAGCAGGUACUGUCUGUGCCAGACGAUCUGGAAGCCGGCCCCAUGGAUCUGUACUUGAGUGCUGCCGAGCUUCAGCCCACUGAGAGUUUACCUCUGGAGUUCAGUGAUGAUUUGGAUGUUGUGGGUGACAGUAUGCAGUGCCCUCCUUCACCCUUGCUUUUUGAUCCUUCGCUAACCCUUGAAGAUCAUCCAGUCAAAGAAAUUGCCGAAGGCCCAGUGGAUAUUUUGGGCCAGAUGCAGAUGGCUGGAGAUGGGUGCAGAUCACAGGGACCUCGAAAUUCUGAGAAAGCCCCCGCACCAUUGUCUCAGAGUGGAAUAGCUACUGCAAAUGGGAAGCCGGAACCCACUUCUGUUAGUUGAUAGCUUGUUCUGGGAACCAGUUGACUUCGGAGGAUUUGUAUUUCCCAUUCUUUAAACAAGUAUUUCUGACCCGUCUCUCACUAUAAAGGACAGUCCAGACUACCUUGUUUUUCUUUUGGGUUAUCGAGUGUUCUAGUCAGAGGUUGGGGGCAGGGACCAAUAGUGUCUACAAGCUGUGGAUGUCUUCCCACUCCAUGCAAGGGGGAGAGGUAGGUGAUUCCCAUCAGAGCUGCUGGGAUGGAGAGUCCUGGAGACUGUGCCUAAGGGAAGAGAGGUUUUUGUAAUGCUGUUUCCCAAGUCUUGGGAUGUUGAGGGACCCAGUGGUUGGUUAUCUCUGUCUAGCAGCCUGUAUUUUAGCCUUUCCUCACCUCUCAUCCUUGGGUACUCUGAAGCUCCUCUCCUCAAUGAACUCUGACCCAUAGUCUUUGAGAAAAUAGCCCACAGAACUGGGCCUUCCUAAACCAUCCAUCUUGCUUCUAACCUGUGUAACUUUCUGUAGUGGCUAUCUUAUGUAAGAUACGAUAAAAAAUUAUUGUACAUAGUUUCUAUUAAAUGUUAAAGUGUUAUGAAAAUAUAAAACAAGGAGUUGAAUGCA